AGAGAUAGUAUCCACUUAAUCAGCACUGCAUCCUGUAGACAUCUGUUUGUUCCUGUUGUUUUACUGAGAACAGUCCAAACAAUAUUACUUGAUGGACUUCUAGAAAGGAUCUGGCGUAGAAGUCAAACCAAUGAAGAACAUCGUCCUUGAGAUUUUUUGACUUUUGAUUCCUCAUUUUUGUGUAGGAAAAACACGUGAAAUCAUGGCAGCCGCGGGCUACGGCUACUACCGCGUCAUCAUCUUCCUGUGCAUGUUCAUCGGCUACUCGCUGUAUUUCUUCAACAGGAAAAUGUUCUCCUUUGCCAUGCCUUCUGUGAUGGAGGAGAUUGCCAUGGACAAAGAUGAUCUGGGUCUGAUCACCAGUAGCCAAACCAUGGCCUAUGCCAUCAGUAAGUUCAUCAGCGGUGUGCUCUCAGACCAGAUUAGCGCCCGAUGGCUUUUCUCCAUCGGCCUGUUCCUGGUUGGAUUGAUUAACGUGGCUUUCUCCUGGUCCUCCACUGUGGGCAUGUUCUCACUGCUCUGGUUCAUCAACGGGCUGGGACAAGGCUGUGGCUGGCCACCGUGUGGAAAGGUGCUGCGCAAGUGGUUUGAACCCUCCCAGUUUGGGACAUGGUGGUCUGUGCUGUCGUGCAGUAUGAACCUGGCUGGGAGUUUGGGUCCGAUCCUGGUCACGGUGCUCCUGCAGUACUAUGACUGGAGAGCCAUCAUGUCCAUGUCUGGGUUUUUCUGUGCGGCCUUCUCGUUUGUUUGUCUGGCGUUUGUAAAGAACGAGCCAAAGGAUGUGGGUCUGCCCAGCAUCGAAGCCGCCACCAAGAAGGGGUCGAAGAAAGGCAACAGUGAGAGCACGCUGAGUGAAUUCCUCCUCUCGCCUUUCCUCUGGGUGCUGUCGUUGGGUUACCUGGUGGUGUUCGGGGUCAAGACUGCAGCCACUGACUGGGGGCAACUCUUCCUGAUGCAGGAGAAAGGCCAGACGGCUCUCAUGGGAAGCUCCUACAUGAGUGCGUUGGAGGUCGGAGGUUUUGCCGGCAGCCUGGCAGCAGGACUCCUCUCAGACAGAGCUGUAGCUCGGAAAGGUUUGGGCACACAUGGUAACCCUCGCCACGGCCUGCUCCUUGUCAUGAUGGCUGGUAUGUACGUGUCCAUGUACCUUUUCAGAGUCACCAUCACACCGGAAAUCCCAAAGGAGGCUCCAUUGUGGUUCCAAGCAAUUCAUCCGGCUUCUAUCCUCACUGGUGUGUCGGAAAAAGAGAUGUGGAUCGUCUUCCUUGGUGCCAUGUUUGGGUUUUCUUCAUAUGGACCAAUUGCCUUGUUUGGUGUAAUAGCCAGUGAAUGUGCGCCUUCAAAUUUUUGUGGAACCUCCCACGCUGUUGUAGCGCUGAUGGCUAAUGUGGGAGCCUUUUUUGCUGGUCUCCCCUUCAGCACGAUUGCCAAACGGUACAGCUGGGACAUGGCUUUCUGGGUAGCUGAGGUGAUAAUGGCCAUCGCCACAGUUUGCUUCUUCCUUGUACGCAACAUGCGCACGAAAAUGGGACGGAUCACUGAAAAAAUGGACUAAUACUUAUUAAAAUGAGUAAACUGUCACUGCCCUUAACCAGUAAGGGUUCACUAUGCACAAAA